AGUUAAUUCAAAUUCUCUUCAUCUUAUUUCUAUAGUUAUUUUUCUCAACAACAAAAAAAGAUAGCUGUAUUGGCAGGGUUCAAUGAUAUUUUUAAAAAAAUGGACGAAAAUUAUAAAAAUUUAAACCAUAGAGCAAGACAACUUGUUCUAGCUACAACAUUAAUUCGUGAUGCAUGUGAAACAAGAUUAGAAAUAAAUUUUAAACGAGAUCUUUUAUCUGUACAGUUGUAUGAACAUUACUAUAGUAAAUCAUAUGUUAUACUAUACUAUAUAUUAACUCUAAUUAAUCUUUUAUCAAUCAUAUUAGAAUAUCCAGGAAAUAUAUGGAUAAAUGGAAAACCUUUACCAUAUUAUAUUCCAUUAAUCAUUAAUUUAUUAUGUGAAUGCUAUUUUUAUUAUAGAUGGUAUAUUAUUUAUGUUAUAUCAGAAAAGAAAUCAUUAAAAUCAAAUAUUUCAUUCAUUGCAACAAUUAUUAUAUUAUCAUUAAUGACAAUUGAUGCUAUAAUUUAUAUAAUAUGUCAUGAAUUAAAUUUUUCUAAUUCUAUAAGAUGGUCAAGAGCUCUUAGACCGAUAUUAUUAUUGACAUUUCCAGAGAAUAGAAGAUUACGUGCAGCAUUUUUUAAUUUACGACGUACAUUAAUUGAUGUAUUACCUGUAUUUGGUUUAUUUGGUGCAUGUUUAAUAUUUAUUUCAAUUGUUAGUUUAACAUUAUUAAGUGAUAUGAAAUUAAUAUAUCCUAAUGGUAAUAAAUAUCUAUAUGAUUUUAUUGAUGUAUUAUGGGAAUUUUAUGUUUUAACAACAACAGCUAAUUCACCUGAUAUUAUAUUACCAGCAUAUGAAUAUAAUCAUUAUUUUAUAAUAAUUUAUUUAUUUAUUUGUACAAUAUGUAAUUGGUUAUUUAUGGGUAUAUUAACAGCAUCUAUAUAUAAUUCAUAUAAAUCACAUUUAGGUGAAUUUGUAUUAAAAACAAUUAUAAAACGUAAAAAAAAAUUAGAUGAAGCAUUCAAUUUAAUAUCAAUUAUAAAUUCAAAUAAACAAUUAGGUAUUCAUCAAAAUAUAUUUUUACAAUUAAUGCAUAUUGUUAAACCAAAUUAUAAUAAUGAUUCAUUAAAAAUAAUUUUUUAUUUAUUAAAUAAAAAUAAAUCUGGUUAUUUAUUAAAACAUGAAUUUGAACGUUUAACAGAAUAUAUGCAAUUAAAAUUUGAAAUGAUUGAAUUCAAUCGUUUUUAUUUUAAUGCAUAUAUUUCAAAAUUUUAUUCUAUUUAUACAUCAUCGAAAUUUCAAUUAUUUAUUUAUUAUAUGAAUCAUAAUAUUACUAAAUUAAUAUUUAUUAUAUUCAUUAUAAUGAAUGCAAUAUGUGUUGUUAUGUAUCAUUCAAAUCCAAAAUUAUUAGAAUUAAUUGAAUGGAUAUUUACAAUAAUAUUUAUAAUUGAAUUAAUUAUUAAUUAUUUAAUAUGUGGUGGUGUUAAAUUUUUUAAUGAUGGUUGGAAUUUAUUUGAUUUUAUUAUUAUAUUUAGUGCAUUAAUUGGACAAAUAAUUCAAUUUAUAUUCUAUUCAAUUAAUAUUUAUUUAUCACAUGAAAUUAUACAAAUAUUUUUAUUAUUAAGAUUAUUUCGUUUAUUAAAAUUAUUUAGUGUAAUAAAACAAUUUCGUAUAGUGAUUAAUUGUAUUUUAAUUAUUCUACCAUCAUUAACUGCUUAUACAACUAUAUUAUUAAUAUUAUUUUAUAUAUUUUCAUGUAUUGCUAUGGAAUUAUUUGCAUUUGUUUAUCAACCACCAUUAAAUUAUAAUUAUACAUUAAAUACAACUUGUAAUAAUAAAUAUUUACUGAAUAGUGAAUUUGUUAAAUGGCAUUAUUGUACAUUUAAUUUUAAUAGUCCAUUAGAUUCAUUCUUAUUAUUAUUCAUUAUUACAGUUGGUAAUAAUUGGCAUAUAUUUACUGAUGGUUAUGUAAUCGUUACAACAAGAUGGAGUAAAUUAUUUUUUAUUAUAAUUCAUUGGAUAUGUGUAUUACUUGUAUUAAAUGUUGUAUUAGCUUUUAUUAUUGAAGCAUUUCUAAUUGAAUAUGAUUCACAACAAAGUAAAUUUGAAUUAUAUAUCAAUGAACGAUUAAAUGAUUUAGAAAUGAAUGCUGAAAAUGAAUUAAAAAAAUGUGGAUUAGAAAAUUUUCGUAAACCUGGAUUUAUUAUGUCUAAAAAAUUAUUAGAUGAAGCUGGUAUAACUGAACAUAGUACAAAAAAAGUAUUCUAUUUAAAAACAGAUAAUACAUCUAUUGAAAUAUUAAUGUUUAGAAUGUUUGAAAAAGAAAUUGAAGAAUUAGUUGAAGAUUUAACAAAUAAAUUAACAGUACCUAAACUUAAAUCACAUGAUCCAUUUUCACAUAUAUAGUUUAUUAACUUUAAUGAUUGAAAAAAAAAAGACAUGAAAUCAUAAAAUAAUCAGAAAUUAAUAUGAUAAGUAAAGAUGGAGACAAGUUAUAUCUUCAAAUCAAUUAAAAAUAAUAAUAAUAAUAAAUUUGAGAAGUUUAUUACACUAUUAUAGUUUGGUAUUUCAGUUGAAUUGAAGACACUUGUACACUUCAUUCCUUCAGAGUUGAUAAUUUACUUUAAAAUGUUUAAGUGAUUGUAAUGUUUACAGAUAUUUGAAGAAGAAAAAAAAGAUUUAAACUCGAGAUGUAUGUUGUGAUUGUUAGAAUUUAUAUAUUAUAAAAUUCAAAACAGUCCCUUCAGGACGUUGAUGUUAAUACUGAUUAUUCAAAAAAAAUAUCCAAUUAACAUUUUCCAGUUUA